AUGACAGCAGCUUCAGGCUCUGCACCUCACAUCUCUGUUGAGGGUCACCAGGAUGGAGGGAUCCGAGUGGUGUGUCAGUUGGAUGGACGGUACCCGGAGCCCGAGGUGCUGUGGAGAAAUCUCAAAGGGCAGCCUUUGUCUUCAUCAACUGAAGCCAAAUCUGAAGAGGAACAUGGUCUCUUUGAAAUAAAAAAUUCUAUCAUUAUAACAGAAAAUUCAAACAAGAAUUUGUCCUGUGCUAUAAGGAACCAAGAAAAAGAAUCAAUAACAUUUUAUAUAUCAGAUUCUUUUUUCCCAAGAGUAUCUCCCUGGAUGGUGGGUUGGAGUGUGACUUUGGUGAUUUUGUUGGUGUUCGUCAAUCUUACUCUUUUUCUGUUCAAAUUAAAAGGGAAACAUCUCAACACUAUCAGUAAACUUCAAACAGAGCUAGAGUGGAGGAGAUCCCUGGGUGAUGCAGCGAAUGUGACUCUGGAUCCAGACACGGCUCAUCCAGAACUUGUCCUGUCUGAGGAUCGGAAAAGUGUGAGAUGGGCAGACACACGGCAGGAUCUGCCCGACAACAAUCCUGAGAGAUUUGACACUGAGUGCUGUGUGCUGGGCUGUGAGGGGUUCACCUCAGGGAGACAUUACUGGGAGGUGGGGGUGGGAGUUGGGCUACUCUGGGCUGUGGGGGUGGCCAUGGAUUCUGUGAGGAGGAAGGAAGGGAUCAGCCUUAGCCCUGAGGAGGGGAUCUGGGCUAUGGAUCAGAGGCAGGGCCAGUACCAGGCUCUCACCACCCCUGCGACCCCCCUGCUCCUGAGCCGGGCCCCCAGCAGGAUCCGGGUUUGUCUGGACUGUGACCGGGGGCAGGUGACAUUUAUCGAUGCUGGUGACAAGGCCCCGAUCUUCACUUUCCCGCCAGGCUCUGUCCCUGGGGAGAGAAUCCGCCCUUGGCUCUGGCUGGGGAUGGAAAGCCAGCUCAAACUGUGUCCCUGAGAGACGGGGGGUAUAUCCCACUGGGGACCCUGAAAUCAGCCUCUCUAGUCUCACACACCCCAGUCUCUAUGAUCUUGGCAUCAUCCAGUCCACCCAGUCCUAUGGCCUCUUAAUUCUAUGUCCCCUGGAAACUCCUCCCCCCUCCCUCCCUGCAGAACAAAGAUUUAUAAAACGUCACUGAAGGUGAGACUGUCACUCAUUCAUUUCAUAUGUUACUUCCUUGACUUUGUUGCCAUUUCAGUGUCAUUAAAAAAACUGUUCCCAAAACCUGUGGGUCUGUUUUCCAUUGGGGUGGGUUUGAAGCUGUUUCUUGGCUCCUUUUCGCUCUGACAGGUGUUCACGGUAAAUAAAGCAUAAAAGACAAUUCUGAUUUGUCCCUUUAUAGUUUUCCAGCUGCAAUUGUUGGGGGGCAGAGUCGUGGGAUUUGCUUCCCUACUUGGUUGUGUCCCCCCAGCACCAGCAGCCAAUAUACUGGCAUGUCCCUCUCAUGAGAGCUGGGGGUUUGCUGUGAUAUGCUGCUAUCCAGCCUGUGCUCUGUCCGUUGUGCUGUCUAUAGCCAUGUCAAUCAGGAAUUCCUCAGCUGGGCUCUGUGGAGAGGGAGCUGAAUACAUGGUGCUGACUCUCUUCUUUGUUUCCAGAGGCGUUGAAUUUGUUCAGAGGUGGCUAAAGAGAUAUGAACUGUGCUGUUCACAUUUCUUCUGCCCAUCAGCAAUUGCUGUGGUGUCCAGGGCAGUGUUCAUGGGACAGGACCUGCUCCGAAGACAGUCU